UCCUGUUUGACACGGUCACUUUUUAAAAACACUUUUUAAAAUAAAAGCUGAAUAAUAAUCAUGUUUAUUAUCUACACUGAUAAUUCAUGGUUAAAUUAAAAUAAGAAAACAUGGCGGAAUGUUUUUAUGUUGAAAUACGUUUAGUUUGUAGGAUGGUUAUUGUUUAUUAUGAGUGUUGACUCUGUGUGAGUGUGCGUGUGCGUGUUUAAGUGUGCGUGUGUGUGAGUGUGUGCGUGUGCGUGUUUAGUUUCGGUUUUGUCUUCUCUCCCUCCAGCGCCGCGGCAGCACCGAUGUCCUGGUCCUCCGCCGCCGGCCUCCUGCUCGCCCUCCGCGGGCCUCGGUGACUCCGGUUCCCCCCUGGCCGCCUCCGGUGCAGCGGCGGUCGGCUGAGAUGACGGACGUCGCUCGGUGUCCGUGUUGUUGUUGUCGUGUGAGCGCGGAAGACUGAGGCGGGGAUCGACCCGUGUCCUGCUGGGAGAGAAACGUUGACGAGCGAUCGAGCCUCGACUAUGUUCCACUCUCUGCCGCUGGUAGAAGAACGAGGGAUGGACGCUGACAGAGCGGAUGGAGGAGGACGCCCCCCCGAGGUGGAGGAUGAGUUUGCGUGUGCGGGGAUGCUGCGGGGGUCGCUCACGUCGCUGCACCGCACCGUGGAGCGGAUAUUCAGGGUGACGUUUGGGAUCGGGGCAGACGACUUGCCCCACGGCAACAACGGGCAGAUUUGGCUCAAACUCCGAGGGCCGAGUCACAACGUGAAAGCUGCCAAGUUAUUCGUGAAAGGAGUCGUGAACCAGGAGGAGCAGCAGGAGGUGUCCUACCCCGGGGUCCUUCACUGCGUCUUCUGUGGAGCCAGAGGGCUGUUCAUGGACUGCCUGAUAAAAAGCACCUCCGCACACAUUCUGGUCGGCGCUCCAGGGUUCCUGCUAAUAUCCGGUCUGGCAGAGCCGGUGGUGCGGGCGUACUCCCUCAUCAUGGACCUCGUGGAGAGAUACGAGGGCACACAGUCCAGACGCUGUGAGACGGAGGACAGAGGCUCGGACGAGUCCCUGGAUUCACGCCGGGCCUUCAAAGCUGUGGUUGAGCAGUGGGAGGACAGGCACAUCCUGGACCUUCUGGUGCUUCCAGGCUCAGUGAAGGAAAUCCUGCUGGAUCUGGUGAAAGAAUCCGGGCUCGGAUCACGCACAAACUUGUCAGGGACAGGUGUAAACGAGAAUGGAAGGGACAGACCCUCGGACAUCACGUACGCACUCCUUGAGCCGUUCAGCGCUCCUGAGCGGUUGGUUGAAGGGAUGAGUGCAGCUGCGGUAAAAGACUCCACAUCUGCAGGCGCCCGGGGAAGCGCAGAGGGUGCUGAGGAAAGACCACCGCAUUCUCCGCAGGAGGUCGGAGAAGAGGAGCAGCCGGAGCAGAGGGAAACGUUAGGGACCAAAGAGAAAGACGGGUUGGGGGAGGAGGACCAACAGGAGCGACAGAUGUCAAUGGGAAACAAAGAGUUUUGGCUUCUUUUGAAGUUCUUCACAGCCAUGGGGUACACGGAGGACGUCGUGAAACGAGUCAUAGCCAAAACGGGACCUAAGGAGGCCUCGCAGAUCCUGGAUCUGGUGCAACAGGAGCAGGAUCGCAGUGACCGGGAGCAGAUGCCUCAAGGUGGCCCGGACCCAACACAUAAAGAUGGUGUUACCCUGAAUAAGAGCGAGAGGAACCGACCCUGCGAGACGGAGCACAGGGAAGACGAGGAAACGGCAGCAGGGCGAGAUCCGGUGAUGAGCAGCGCUGGAGAAGCGAGUGGGGCGACAGGAGGCACAACACACUGUGAGGGACGGAGUUCAGAGGAAAAGGAGGAAGGACACGAGGAAGACUUUGUCCUCGGAGUGUUGAAGAAAGCUGCGGCCAGCUGUGGGUACACCGAGCAGAACGUGGCUAAAUUCUACAACAUGUUGCCUGAUCGAUCCACCCACCAGCUCCUCCUGGAGCUGCAGAGGGAGGGAGUCAGGGAGACGGACGCCUUCAGCGAGGGUCCCAGGGAGAUGGAUGAUGUGGUGCUGGAGAAAGAGGAGGAGGACGAAGGAUCAGAUGAUGGAGGAUGGGUAGAAGUGGAAAUCCCAAAUUUGUGUGUUGCAGAACAAGAUUUGUUCCCUUGGAUUAAUAAGCCGCAGCAGAGUCAACACACCUCACAGCCAAAGCAGCACCAGCCUCCAGAGUCACAAGCUCGACACCCGGUCAUCCUGCCGGAGGUCAAAGGCCCCCCCAUGCCUACUUAUCCCACAUCUCUCGAUUCUCCACUCGCCAAUCUACAAACCAACAAACUUUUUGACGAAGCCAUCUACUGGUCCCCUCCGACCCCCUCGAAACCAAAUCAUUCAGCCCACGACAAAGUCUCACACCCAAAGCCCAAGUCCUCCACCUCUGUAAAACCAGCCCUUCAAGCCCCUCAGGCCCCCGUCUUCGCCAGGAAGCACUCGUCUCCACCCAGAGCGCGGGAGAGGCGGGGCUUCACGCCUGCUUCUUCCGUGGUGGUGACGGGCGAGCAGCGUUUUCUAGAGGGACUGCAGACCAUGUUUGACCUCCAGCUCACAGACCAGCCUGGAGACGCAAAACUGAGGACGGUCAUCAUUGACGGGAGCAACGUGGCGAUGAGUCACGGGCUCAGUCACUUCUUCUCCUGUCGAGGAAUCGCUCUGGCCGUGCAGCACUUCUGGGACCGAGGCCACCGGCACAUCAGCGCCCUCCUGCCGCAGUGGAGACAGAAGAGCGACCCCCGGAUCAAAGAGCAGCACUAUCUGACGGAGCUGCAGAAGCUGGGCCUGCUCUCCUACACCCCCUCCCGAGAGGUGCAGGGCAAGAGGAUCAGCUCGUACGACGACAGGCUCAUGCUGCAACUCGCGCAGAAGACGGACGGCGUGAUCGUAACCAACGACAACCUGAGAGACCUCUCUGACGAGACGCCGGUGUGGAGGGACAUCAUCAAAAAGAGACUUCUUCAGUACACGUUUGUGGGCGAUCACUUCAUGGUGCCGGACGACCCCCUGGGGAGAGGAGGGCCCCACCUGGACCACUUUCUGCGCUCAGAGCACAGGACUCCCGACCCAGGAAACCACACUUUCGCCGGCGUAGCGACCACUUUCCCUGCGACCAAACCCCCCCGAUCCCAAACAGAGGUGCUGAACUUCCGCGACCGAACGCCGGGUGGCGGCGUGAAUCCAGCGAGCAGAGGGGGCCGGGGGAAAGGGAAGGGGCCCGGCAAGGGGAAGGACACGGGACACCAGCACAAGCAGCUCGGAGCCGCGGGUUCCGGGCUGAUGCUCCGUGCGGACAGGAGUCCCGAGGACACGGCCGACCUGAGGGAGCUGCUCGGUCAGGUGUUCCCAGCUCAGGACAACGUGGUGACGCUGGUGCUGCAGCUGCACUCGGCAGAGACGGACAUCAACGUGCUCUCGGAUCUGAUCCUGGAGCAGCAGGACUAGAAAUCCUUCCCGUUUUUUAGACGUGAACUCCAGAACGUGUCCUGUUUUGUGUCUCCCACAUACGAAGGAGCAGCAGGAGAUUGUCCGGGUCAGCUGGAGUUUGAGUGUUAAUGUCGAGUUUUCUUAACCCAAGUUUCCAUUUUUCCCUUAAGUUUGGUUUUAUUCAGUUAUUAGAACCCCACCCCCCCGAUCGUUACCGCACAGACUCUGCUUUUAAAUGACGCGAUCAGAGCAAGAGAUGAAGUGCAAGCGUUCGUAUUUGGUAAAUCUUUUCUUCAUCUUUGCACAGUGGGAGGAGGUGGCGACGCGUCGUCCAUCUUUAUUUCGAGUCUUUAACCUCCCACAGCUUUUAUUUAAUGUCGUAACCGAUGUGUAAUGACACCAAGCGUCAUCCUCAGGGUUGUCGUGACGACGUGAGGUCACCGGUGCCUCAGCCGCCUCUUCCGUCUUCUACGUUGUUAACUUAAGCACUUUCUGUUUUGUUUGUCGAGUCUGAGAAAAGACACUUCUUAACAGAUGCUUUUUAUAUUCGAAAAAAUAAUAAUUUGUUAUACUGAAUUUAUUCUUAUCUUUUUAAUCCUUUUGAUGUAAAAACGUUUUGCAUAGCAUCGGGUGUGAGAUGAGAAAAGAUACUAAACCAGCGAUUACGACAUCACUUUUAUAUCCUAAUUUAUUUGAAGCAGGUCCGAUGUUCAGUCGUUGCCGUCGAUCAGAGGAUGAAUACGAUGUUUUCACUGUGUGGAAGAGACGGGAGUCGUUCUUUUGUGUAGAAGAAAACAUCAGGUUUGAUUUAAACGUUGAUUUUCUGACUGUUAAAAAUAAAUAAAAUUGUAUAUUUUA